AAAGCAGACGAGAAACAUUGCGCCUCGAUUCACGCAGUGUUCAGGGAGAGAGACUGGAGAGAGAGAGAAAGAUAUGAGUUCGUCCAUGAGACACUUCGUGGUAGGAUGGGUGAAGAGGCAGCCCCCCAAAGUGAAGGCCUUCCUUGCUGUGGUCUCAGGCAUGGCUGCCCUGGUUCUCCUCAGGGCCAUAGUUCAUGAUCAUGAUAACCUCUUUGUAGCUGCAGAGGCCGCACACGCCAUUGGUAUUUGCGUUCUGAUCUAUAAACUCAUGAAGGAGAAGACUUGUGCUGGACUUUCUCUUAAAUCUCAGGAAUUAACAGCUAUGUUUCUAGCAGUUCGAUUGUACUGCAGCUUUGUUAUGGAAUAUGAUAUACACACACUACUUGAUUCAGCUACACUCCUUACAACCUUAUGGGUUAUUUAUAUGAUCCGUUUCAAACUUAAGUCCAGUUACAUGGAUGACAAAGACAACUUUCCUCUGUAUUAUGUGGUGGCUCCUUGUGCUGUACUGGCUCUAGCAAUUCAUCCGUCGACACAACAUAACAUUGUGAACAGAAUUUUGUGGGCCUUUUGCGUGUAUCUUGAAUCUGUUUCUGUGCUUCCCCAAUUGCGUGUGAUGCAAAAUACCAAGAUUGUUGAACCAUUCACGGCUCAUUAUGUGUUUGCACUUGGAGUUGCGAGAUUUUUGAGUUGUGCUCAUUGGGUUCUUCAGGUUUUGGACACUCGUGGCCACCUGUUAGUGGCUUUGGGCUCUGGGUUAUGGCCAUCCAUGGUCCUCCUAGCCGAAAUCGUACAGACCUUCAUCCUUGCUGAUUUCUGCUACUAUUACGUGAAAAGUGUUGUAGGUGGCCAACUUGUGUUGAGGCUUCCUUCUGGGGUAGUGUGAUACCUGAGCUGGUUCUUGUGCCAUGUUUGGGUUAGUUCCCACAAAUUGGUGAUUCAUGGGACAGAUAUAGAGAAGGUGCUUUUCUUUGGUUCUUUUUCCUGCUGUGCCUGAGCUUUUGCUUCAUUGGCAAAUUCCAGCAGUUGAACAAGAAGGGAUUGGAUUGGUUUGUGAAUACAGACUGCAUAAAUGGUAUUUUUAGUUUUUUGGGUCCACUAAUGGUUUUUGAAACUCUUCAAUAUAACUUCUUGUACUGUAACUCAUGGUAAGUUAUAUUAUGGCUAUUCAGGUCUGUGUAAAGGAUUCUGAGGGGUUCAUAAGUGCAUCAAUGGAGCUUUCCUUUUCUAAGUGCUGA